AUGGCAGCCGUUUUGGAUCCCUACAAGCAGUUUUCUGCAGAGCUGCAUGCCAUCAGACGGCUGAACUCCAGCCUGUACCGUGCUGGCGGUAGAGAUGGACUGGAAACUGGACGUGCUGACUCACCUUUUGCUAGAUGUCACCCGCCCGCUAAGCAUGUCAAGCUGGCUCCAUUACGUGACGACGUCCCGCUGCUGGACCCUUGCUGCGGUCAGCUGAGCGCCGGAGCUGAAGUGGACCUGGGGCUCAGAGGUCGACAGAGAUUCAUAGAUCCUCAGCAUGAGGCCUCUGCUCUGCGGGUGCCUCCAGGUUUCAGGGAGAGGCCACCAACGGCUCCAAACCACUCUGGUAUCUGUGUCGACCUGAGAGAAGACAAAGCCUGGAACUCCAGGAGGAUCCCCGAUGCAGUCUUGAGGGCAAGACUCAGUGGUUCGACUGAUCCAGUUGAUGUUCAACCACACUCACUGAGGACGUCAACUAAAGCAAUGUCGCACAGCAGAUACCCUGAUAAACACACUGGACCUCAGGAUGUCUUCUCUUCUCAUAUGAGGCCGUGGAGACACAACUCACUGGCAGUUCAGCGCUUCAGAUACACUUCUGCAACACAGAGGAGUUAUGAGGAAGUUAAUUGGGAUUCAAAGUUACCCCGGCGCUUGAAGGCACCAGACACAACCCUGGACAAAAUGGCCGACCCAGUGAGUGAGUUUACCUCAUCGAGGUGCUACGAGAGUCGACCUCAGCUGUGGCAGUCGAUCGGAGCAGAGUGGAACAGGCAGCAGCUUCGAUCGAGGAAUGAUUCCAGGAAGCCCGUAACAUUCUGCAGUGGGUGUCCGAGGUCAGGUCAAAUCCCUCUGUACACUGGUACGAUCGGCUCUGAGAACAUGCACAACAUCGACAACAUGGAUGGAGACUUUCACCCUCUGACCCUGAAGAGGAGCAUCGUGCCCCCAUACGUGCCUACAGCUCGGCGAACCACCAUCCCCGGAUAUACGGGCAAGGCUGCUUAUGCAAACUCUGCUGCUGAUGCUGCAGUCUCAGUCCCAGCUGUCUCCAGUCCUGUAGGCUCCUCCGGCCCUACCUUUGGCCAUGCGGCGCCCCUGUCUCGAAUGGUGACCACCGUGACCCCCUGCAACCCCUUCCUGAGACCUGCGCUUCCUGUCACACGCAAGCACGCGAGGAGGCAGUAG